AUGGCUGUCUCUUUCCUCCCUCCACCAUGUUUGCAGCUUGAAUUACAAGCCAUACAGUGGUGUCAUUCAUUAAUGACACCUCAGGUGUGUUUACAAGAAGUAACAUUUGUUUUGAACCAAUCAGAGCGAAUCACGGCACGCCAAAAAUAGCGGGAAAUAUUACUGUUUGUGCAAUAUGUCAUGGCGGCUGUUCAGGCGAAGAUGUGUCGUUCUUCUCUAAAGGCAAUGGUUUCGUCCCCAGUUUGUGAUGAAGCACAUUAUCGGUAGAUGAGAGCGAGAAUAGUCCACCUCAAUCUCAAGUGACGCCAGUGAUGCUAAAAAGAACUACGAGCACGGGUUUUACUCCGAGCGUGGUGGCCGUGGAUCAAAGAGAAGAUGUCGAAGAUCCGAGAGGUAAGUUCCCGCCAAAACAGUUUUGCUUUCUGACAAAUCAACUUCUUCUGCCCGGUUCUUAAUUUCUUUUGUUCUUGCUUUUUUUUCAGACUGGGAUGUUCAGCGUGUCAAGGUCUAG